AUGGCAACCCAGGAACAAAAGUCGGAGGCUACAGUGAGUGCCCCAGAUGUCGAGUUCACCGAAAGGUUACGCCAUGAUUCACUUCCCAAUUCGCAUGAGGAAGCCGAGGUGGAUGGUAGAUUUGAGAGAGAUCUUGACGUUACUCAAGAUGAUCUACUUGAAGCAAGGGAGAUUGCAUCAACAUUGCCUCUUGAACAUGUCCACAAGAUUAUGAGCAAGGUAUACAAGCUUCACAAGAGAGAUCCUAAUUUUCCUCUCUCAGUCAUUCAAAAGAUUGAAUCCUUCCUAGACAAAGAUGAUAUCUUGAAACAUCCUGAGCGACACAAGACACUCAUACAAGAGAUAAAGAUCGAGGCGGCGUUGAUCACACACAACUCACCAUACGCGGAAGUUCGUGCCGUGGUUAACAACCAUAAUGACCCAAGCAUGCCCUGCUCCACGAUACGCGCCUGGUUCAUAGGUCUCAUCUUCUCUUGCGCCGCCUCCUUCAUCAAUAGCUUCUUCGAGAUCCGCCAACCCACGAUCGGCGUCGGUCUGGCAGUGCCUCAACUCCUGGCAUACCCUUUUGGAAAGUUCCUCGAGAAGACUCUGCCUGAUAUUGGGGUUACUCUCUUCGGCGUGCGACAUAGUCUCAAUCCUGGAAAGUUCAAUAAGAAGGAACACAUGUUAAUUACCAUCAUGUCGAGUAUCUCGAUAGGAACGCCCUAUACAAAUUACAUAAUCUGGAUCCAGUAUCUUCCACAGUACUUUAAUCAGCCCUACGCGAUGAGUAUAGGAUAUCAAAUUCUUCUCGGUCUUUCCAGCAAGUUCAUCGGUUAUGGACUUGCUGGUGUCUGUAGACGCUUCCUCGUCUACCCUUCCCAUUGCCUGUGGCCAACCACAUUAGUCUACAUCGCCCUCAACACGGCACUACACGAUGAGGGAGACAUCCCAGUACCGGGCCCCUUCAAGAGGAUCUGGAACACAUCCCGCUUCAGAUUUUUCAGCAUAGCCUUUGGCGCAAUGUUUGCUUACUUCUGGCUACCGAAUUAUCUUUUUGCUGGUCUGAGUUGGUUCAGCUGGAUGACUUGGAUAUCCCCUAACAACGGCGACUUGGCCAAUGUUACGGGUGGAUAUACUGGCUUGGGGAUCAAUCCCUUCCCAACGUUUGACUGGAAUAUAGUUACGCUGGGUUGCGAUCCUCUCAUGGUGCCCUUUUUCGCAACCUUCAAUCUGUUCUGUGGUGCACUACUGACUUGUUUUGUUAUACUGGGCGUUUACUAUGGAAAUGGCUAUCAUACUGCUUACCUUCCCAUCAACUCGAACAGGGUGUUUGAUCAUUUUGGGGGGUUGUACAAUGUAUCUGCCAUCAUAGACGAGCGAGGUAUUUUCGACGCCGAGAAGUACAAAGCAUACUCGCCUGCGUUUCUGUCAGCUGCGCAUAUCAGCUCUUACAUGUUCUUGUUCUCUCUCUAUACGGCUGCCAUUACGUAUGCUGUGCUAUAUCACCACCGACCAAUCGCCAUGGGGCUCAGGGGAUUAGCUGACAGUUUCCGCCCAUCAAAGAAGAAUGAAUCUGAAGAUGAGCAAGUACUGGAUGCGCACAAUCGUCUAAUGAAGACCUACCGCGAAGUCCCCGAAUGGUGGUACUUGGCAUGUCUCGCGAUAGCUUUCAUUGUAGGUGUUGUUGGUGUUUCUCAAUGGCCAACACAUACCACACCCGCAGUCGUGCCUUUCGGUGUCAUCCUAAGUCUGAUAUUUGUCGUCCCUGUUGGUAUUAUAUCAGCCACCACAGGGAUUGGUGUCUCGCUCAACGUCUUGUCCGAGUUCCUCGGUGGUGCCUUUGUUGAGGGCAACGCCAUUGCCAUGUGUUUCUUUAAGGCCUUUGGAUACAGCACUUGUGCCCAAGCAGUCUACUUCAGCGCAGACCUGAAACUGGCGCACUAUCUCAAGAUACCACCGCGUUUUACCUUUUGGGCACAGAUGGUCCCGACUCUUGUGUCGACACUUGUUACUGUCGGUGUUUUGCAGUAUCAAAUACGUCUGGAGGGUGUCUGUACACAGGAUGCUCCAUACCGCUUCAUGUGUCCUGGUCUGAACAAUUUCUUCACUGCUGCUGUGCUGUGGGGGACCAUUGGGCCUAAGAAGCUCUUCGGUCUUGGGGGUCAAUAUGUCGAGGCCUUGGUGGGCUUCCCCUUUGGCGUGAUUAUGGUUCUUCUCUUUUGGUGGCUUGGGAAGAAAUACCCAAACAUUAAGUUCGCCCGAAGUAUUCACCCUGUUGUGUUACUAGCAGGAGGAAUGCUCUGGGCGCCUUAUAACCUUAGUUAUAUCUGGCCUGCUGUGCCGAUUGGUUGGAUUUCCUGGAUAUAUCUCAAGAAGCGACAUCUCGCUUUCUGGGCCAAGGUAUAUUUUUGGAUAGCAUUUUCGUUUGAGUACUAA